GCCAUGGGGGCCGUGCCAGGGGAGGGGGGACGGGGUCUCUUCAGCGCUGCGAGGACAGGACGGGUUAAUCACCAGAGCUCGAUGUGAACUCCAGGCUGCUCCAUAAAAACACCCAGCCAUGGCCAAAGCUAAAAAAGGUGGCAAAGACAAAAAGGGUGGUGACAAAGGCAAGAAGGGUGACAAAGGCAAGAAGGGUGGCAAAGGCAAACGCUCCAAAAAGGGUGCAAAGAAGGAAGUGGUACCAGUGGAUCUCUUCAGCGCAGCUGCCAUGCUCAACGCUUACUACAUCUGUCACAACGCCGCCGCCUUCCUGCAGUUCCGGGGCCACCCCUGGCCUGGCUCUCUCAGAAAGAAGGGGAAAGGGAAGAGAAGGAGCAUGAUGCCACUGAACUCAGCAGAUGGUGAGCAGUGAAGUGCAAAGGACAGACUCUGCUUUCCAGUGCAUCUGAAAAGUUGCCAUUCACUUCUUUGACAGCAGAUGAAAAAACCCUCCCAACAAUCCCAAACUGAGCAAUGAAACACUUUUCUUUUUUCCCUUCCUUUUACCUCUCAGUUGAAUUUUGCAUGUAAUUCCAUUUCCCUGGUGAUUAAUAAAGA